AGCACUAUAAAUAUCAAGCAUUGACAAAUCUUCUUCCUUAGUCUUCGCCGAAAUUCGGAGUGGGAGUGGGAGCUGGAACGAAAGCGAUUUUCCUGUUCUCUUCCCCAUUUUUCUUCGUCGUUCAAUUCUGUAGGUGACUGGUAACAUUUAUCUUGGGAUCAAUGGCCGUGUCUGUCAAGAUAAUGUCUCUUACUGUCGCAACUUUAGGUGUGAUAUCCUUUAUAUUUGGAGUCGUAGCUGAGAACAAGAAGCCUGCAUCUGGAACUCCCAUCCCAGGCAAAGGCAUUGUUAUUUGUCAAUAUCCAGCGGACCCAACUGUGGCCCUGGGAUAUCUUUCCGUUGCGUUUCUUCUUGCUUCUUCGAUCGCAGGAUACUUCUCUUUGUUCUAUCCUUACCAAGGAAAAUCCGUUCCUCGAGGUGCCAUGUUUAAGAGCAGCAGUUUCUCUAUUUUCUUCAACAUUGCCCUGUUCACAACUGGAUUGGCUAUAACUUUGCUUGUAUGGCCUACAGUCACCGAGCAAAUUCACUUGACUCGCAACGUUCAUCACAAUCUCGAAGCAGCAUGCCCGACUGCUAAGACGGGUCUUCUGGGUGGUGGUGCAUUUCUAUCCCUUGAUUCAUCCCUCUUCUGGUUGGUUGCCCUGAUGUUGGCUGGAAAUGCUCGAGAGGACUACUUUGAUGAAAUAGAGGAAAACGGAGACAGCGUUGAGGCUCUUAAGAACAACGCAUGAAAUUUCUUCGAUCAAUGAGAAUAAUAAUUCAGUUUCACUUUACUGUUGUGAUUGACUAUUAAGUAAGGACUUAAUUGUAAAUAUGAUAUUCUAAGAAAUGUUCAUCAGUAAAAUUAUAGUCUAAUUGUAUGA